AUGAGUCCCAACUACAAUGCUUUCACCUCCAACAAGCUCCUUUUCCUCACCUCCGGCUGUCCUAGAAUAGCCAGCUCCAUGGUCUACCUCAAUAACACGGUCGUUCACCCAGGCUCUGAGACUUAUCGACCAUACGUAACAAAAUGA